UAUUCAGCAUUCAUCAUCUAGCAAUUAGGGUUUUGCCGCUUUUGCAUAUAAAACAGCACGGACAAAUCUGCCAUUCUUCUCUGGUGGCGCGGCCUUGGCAGUUGCAGUCUUUGAGGUGAUUUGAGUUUGGAGUUUUAGUUUAACAAAUCAAUCAGCCAAGAUGCAGAACGAAGAGGGUCAAAACAUGGAUCUUUACAUUCCCAGGAAAUGUUCUGCCACCAAUCGGCUUAUCACUUCGAAGGAUCAUGCUUCUGUCCAGAUCAAUGUUGGCCACUUGGGUCCUGAUGGCGUUUACACUGGUCAAUUCAGUACUUUCGCUCUCUGUGGUUUCGUCCGAGCUCAGGGCGAUGCUGAUGGUUCCCUUGAUAGGCUUUGGCAAAAGAAGAAAGCCGAAAUUCGACAGUAAUGUUUUAAAUUUCCUGAAGCUAUCCAUUUGAUUCAUGCAAGGAGGCAAACUGGAGCCAUAUUUGUCUGUGUUUUUGCCAAAUUUCUGUUUGACUUCAAAAUUCAGAUCUUAGCUGUGUUUUGAUGAAUUAUAUUACAUUUUGAGUUGGGGAAGGUUGAAUGUUUGCUAUUUGCAAUGCGACUGGUUUUGUUCUUAA